UCCUUUAAUGCUCUCGGUGUUGAAGGAAUUCGAUAGUUGUGUCUCAUAUUCACUAUAUGGAUUAUUACAGAAACAAUGGAGACGAUCGAUCAUUACAAAGUAUCAGUUAUCGCUACGUUAACACUUUGAUAACUUAUGUGACACAGUAAAUUAAAGAAAAGAAGACUAUCAGGGACGCUUCAUUGUAAGCCACUUGAUCUGGGGUGUGCACGCGACGCGAUUUGGAGGCUUUUUGUUGAACUUCUUUGGAUAUCUCAGCCGUUUACUUUAGUUUCAUUUUGUCAUUUUAUUUGUGUGGACGAACAUGCCACAGACAACUCCAUAUUCACGCCAAUUCAGUCCUAGCACUUACAGCAGCCAUUGUCACUGGCAGCCAGUGGAGGAAAACUAUGGAGGGUUGCACUACCGUGAUAACAAGCUUGUGUCUGGAUCUCUGGAAGCCUUGAUACAGCAUUUAGUACCUACUGUGGACUAUUAUCCUGAUAGAUCUUAUAUUUUCACCUUUCUGCUGAGCUCUCGUCUGUUCCUGCAUCCAUUUGAACUCAUGUCCCGUGUUUGCUACCUGUGUGUGGACCACCAUAGGGUUGGCGACCCACAGACAGACAAGAAAAGAAUACGGGAAAUUGCACCGAAAAUCGUGCAGCUGCUCACAGAAUGGACAGAGACUUUUCCGUACGACUUCAGGGAUGAACGCAUGAUGCGCAGCCUGAAAGAGAUGACCCAUCGCCUUGCCUUUGGAGAUGAGCUCUCACGGAGAGCCAUGCAGAGACUCAUUCAGCGCCUCUUACGAAAACUGACCACCCUCGGACAGUACGAAGAGUCACUGGCGACAUCUAGUGCCGCCGCUGCCUUGGAGAGGCCAGUUGCCUUAAAGUCCAAGCAGCAGUUAGUGCGCAGAGAUGAGUGUGUUCUGAAUCUGUGCGAUGACCCUUUCGUCUUUGCCCAGCAACUCACACAUAUUGAGAUGGAGAGACUUGGUUAUAUUGGCCCUGAUGAAUUUGUUCGAACAUUUACACAGAAGAGGCCCUCGGACAACCAUAAGAGUUUCUUCAGCAAAAGGAAAGUGAGUAACCUUGAGGCUUAUGUUGAAUGGUUCAACAGACUGUGUUACCUGGUAGCCACAGAAAUUUGCAUGCCUGUGAAGAAGAAACACAGAGCAAGAGUGUUGGAGUUCUUCAUAGAUGUAGCACAAGAAUGUUUCAACAUCGGUAACUUCAACUCCCUGAUGGCCAUUAUUACUGGGAUGAAUAUGAACCCUGUAUCCAGACUGAAGAAAACCUGGAACAAAGUCAACAUGGACAAGUUUGACAUUUUGGUGCACCAAAUGGACCCAUCCAGCAAUUUCUAUAACUACCGAACUGCACUGCGUGGAGCCACUCAGAGGUCUAGUACAGCACAUACAAGCCAAGAAAUGAUUGUUAUCCCAUUCUUCAGCCUGUUCAUUAAAGACAUCUACUUCCUGAAUGAAGGAUGUGUGAAUAGAUUGCCUAAUGGCCACAUCAAUUUUGAGAAAUUUUGGGAGCUGGCCAAGCAAGUGAAUGAGUUUCUGUCCUGGCGGCAGGUGAUUUGUCCUUUUGAGAGAGACAGAAAUACACUGCAGUAUCUCAUCAGUGCACAGAUAUACAGUGAGGACGAGCUUCAGCUGGCUUCAUAUGAGAGUGAAGGCCCUGAAAACAACCUGGAGAGAGACACCCGCCGUUUGCUCAGGUCAUCUCUCAGUAGAGUGUAAAUGCCGAUUUUUGGAAUUGUGUCCUAACACAAGGACUGAUGGCACUGAAGACUUUGAAGGUGUGUGUGUGUGCGUGUUAAUUACAUUUGAGGCUGGUUUCUCAUUGUGACAGUAACUUUGUUUAUGGAAUUGUAUUCAUCUCAUGUACCUCAGAAACCUAAAUGAAAUGUGUUUCUUAUCAUGUUAUAAAUAUCCUGGGUGAAUUAAGAGCAUGUCACUGGCUGACCUGUUCUGUAAUGUUUUUUGCUCUUGGUAAACAAUAAUAAGAGUGUUUGUUUACUAAACAUAAUUGUUAUAAUAUUCAAAUAUAUUUUUUAUGUUUAUCCUAGUUCCAUGUGGUAACUGUGUACAUAUUUCCCAAUAAAGAAUCUCUGAACUA